AUGGAAAAGGCCUAUGAUAGAGUAUCUUGGUCAUAUUUGAUAAAGGCCAAAGGAUUUUUCCAUUCAACCAAGGGUGUCAAACAAGGUGAUCCACUUUCACCUGGACUUUUCAUCUUAUCAGCAGAGGUGUUAUCAAGAGCUCUAAAUGCAGAAUUUGACAAUGUUGAAUCUAUAAUAUUUGCAUCUGUAGAAGGAGAGUCAUUGAAGAAAAGUAUGAAGAUUCUGCAGGAUUAUGAGGCAAUUUCAGGCUUUAAAAGGGAUCAGAUUCCAUUAAAGUAUUUGGGAUCCCCUAUAUUUCAUGCAAGGAGGAAAAAUGUAUAUUACAAUGACCUUAUCAAGAAGGUGAAAAAGAAGCUGCAAAAUUGGAAAGGAAAAUUGCUCUCUUUUGGUGGAAAAACAGUUCUUAUCAAUAGUGUGCUUUAG